UUAGCAACCGCGUGACGCAGCAUAACAACCUGAGCACGAUUGGUCGACAGUCUGCGGGGUGGGGCGUUAGACGUUCCUCCAUUCAUUGCCCAAUGCAUUCAAGAUCAAGAUGGCAGCCUCCGUGUGUCGGUGCUAUGAGCUGGUCGGAAGACGUCUUCUACUCCUGCCAUCCCGUGCUGUCGUCUCCUCAUUCAGUAGAGGAGAUGCCUACAGGAUAUGUUGGUCUCCGGCUGUCCCUGUGCAGGUGCGGUAUGCGUCAGAACGACCUAGUCGUAAAGGCUUCUUCGGGGAGUUUGUGGAGAACCUGAGGCAGGAGUUUGGGAAGGACAAGGAGAUGAAGGAGAAUAUCAAGAAGUUUAGAGAGGAGGCCAAAAGGCUGGAGGAGUCGGAUGCCCUGCAACAGGCUCGGAGGAAAUUUAAAACAAUUGAAUCAGAGACGGUAAAGACCUCUGAGGUGUUCAAGAAGACCCUGGGGACUCUGUCUGAGACUGUGAAGGAGGGCUUUGAGGAAGUGACCCGUACAGACCUGGGAAAGAAGAUCAAGGAGGGGGUGGAGGAGGCAGCCAAGACGGCCAGGCACUCUGCUGAGUCUGUGUCCAAGGGAGGAGAGAAGCUGGGAGCUACCAGCGCCUUCAGGGCCAUCUCACAGGGGAUGGAGUCAGUGAAGAGAGAGAUUGAUGUGGUAGACGAUGGUACCUAUAGGGCUCCUUCUCAACUCAGGAAAAGAAGUGAAUUCUCCUUCAAGGGAGGGGAGAGUGACAACCGUGUCUUUGAGGCCAAUGAAGAGGACAUGGGUGUUGUUCUGCACAAGGAUUCUAAGUGGUACGCACAGUGGAAGGACUUCAAGGACAACAAUAUGGUUUUCAACAGGUUCUUUGAAAUGAAAAUGAAAUAUGAUGAAAGUGACAACGCCCUUGUCAGAGCAUCUCGAGCCGUGACCGACAGAGUCACCGAUCUGCUAGGUGGUCUCUUCUCGAAGACUGAGAUGUCUCAGGUGCUGACCGAGAUCUUAAAGGCAGACCCCAGCUUUGACAAGGACUCCUUUCUCAAACAGUGUGAGAAGGACAUCAUCCCCAACAUCCUAGAGGCUAUGAUCCGUGGAGAGCUGGAGGUCCUGAAGGACUGGUGUUAUGAAGCUACAUACAGUCAGCUGGCCCACCCUAUCCAACAGGCCAGGGCCCUGGGUCUAAUGUUCCAGUCCAAGGUCCUAGAUAUAGACAACAUAGAUUUGGCGAUGGGGAAGCUCAUGGAUCAAGGCCCUGUGCUGAUCAUCACGUUCCAGGCCCAGGUGGUCAUGGUGAUUCGUAGUCCCAAGGGAGACCUGGUGGAAGGGGAUCCAGAGAAGGUGUUGAGGAUGAUGUACGUGUGGGCUCUGUGUCGGGACCAGGAAGAGCUCAACCCCAACGCAGCCUGGAGACUACUGGACAUCUCUGCCUCCAGCACUGAGCAGGCUCUCUGAGAGACCAGGGAAGGAGAAGAGACAGAGGGACACUCUUAGGACACACACUCAACCCAGUAUACACACACACACACACACACACACACACACACACACACACACACACAC